AGACUUUUGUUGACCUUCUUUGUUUAGACCCUGUUUUAUUGGCAUUGAAAGAGCAGCAAAGAUGUCCUCGUCGUCGGCAGCUGUCGCUGAAGCCAUCGCCUGCUGUAGGCUGGAAAAGCAGAAACGUCGACGACUGGCAGCCUUCGAUUUUGAUCAUACAAUUGUGGCCCAAAAUACGGACACCGUGGUGAGGGAUUUACUUCCUCCGGAAGUGGUCAGCUCGCGGACCCUCAACGAGCUGGUGGAGAACGAUUGUUGGACUGAGUACAUGUCCGAGGUUUUUCGUCUUCUGCAUGAGCAACAAGUCACGGAGGCGCGCAUUCGCGACACCAUCCGAGUCAUUCCCGAGGUCCCGGGCUUCGUGCGCCUCAUCAAGCAUCUACACAAGAAACUCAACUUCGACAUGAUCAUCAUCAGUGACUCGAACAGUGUUUUCAUCGACGAAUGGGUCAAGGCGCACAGCCUGGCCGACUGCUUUGUGGCCAUCUUCACCAACCCCGCCGAGUUCGACUCCAACGGGCAGCUUCAGGUACGGCCCCAUCACCAGCAGAGCGAGUGCAAGCUGAGCGCCAGCAAUCUCUGCAAAGGGCGCGUCCUUGAGCACUUUGUCAUUGAACAGGACUUGCGACGAAGCAUCCGCUACGAUCACGUCUUCUAUGUGGGCGAUGGAAACAACGACAUCUGCCCCGUGCUGCGACAGCGGGCUUGUGACUUUGCCUGCGCCCGCCAGGGCUUCGCCAUGGAGAAGCAUUUGAUUCGGAACCGCAAUAAAUUGAAGCUGCGGGCGCACUUGUUGAUCUGGAAAAGUGGAUUUGACCUCAUGGAACAGAUGCUGGCUUUGCCGCAGAUGAAAGUUUCGCAAGUCGACCUUGAGACUGCGGAUGGCCAGUCAGAGAUGGCGCGGCGAGCAUCGGCGGUCACUGGUCCAUCCAAGCCGACCAACUAAAUUGGGAAUUCGAAACUAAACAUUUUCUCAGCACAUUUGAGUGCUUUUUUUGUCUGUCCCUGUCUAUUACACAUGAUCUUGGGACUUGCACAUGCAUAAGUAUGCGUAUUUAUUGAUGUAUUUUCUCGAUGUAAUAAUCUAAUCCAAUACAGUCUAAAUGUGUGUCCCUACGUACAAUAUCCUUAACUUGGAGCAUUGUAGUAGUAGUAUUAGUAGGCGAUUUAAUGAUGUUACUGUUACAUAGUGGUAUCUCUCUCUGUCUCUUUAGGCACCCGCAGCGCCAUGUAAUUGUAUGUAUGUAUAUUUUGUAGCUGUAUUUGUUGUAAUUAUUGUAUAUUAAAUGUAUGUGAGCGUGUGCGUUACCGUUCCUGCA